AAUGCGUGCGCGAGUCACAUCGAGUAGGCAGGCACUCCGAUAGACUUGCGACCAGGAUCUCUAUAUGAAAAACGUGCGAGUUUUUCUUUAAAAAGAUUUUCGAUGGUGCAGUUCGUGUUUGAGACACAUUUGAGCGAAACAGGAGUCAAAAAAUGGAAUCUCUCCGAAUACUUGAGCUUUACAGUGGCAUAGGUGGGAUGCAUUAUGCUCUAAAAAAUUCUGGAAUAUCUGGUCACGUGGUGGCAGCCAUAGACAUAAACACUACUGCCAAUGAGAUCUACAGGCAUAAUUUCCCCGACACCCCACUCUGGAACAGAACCAUUGAGGGUAUAUCACUUGAUGAAUUCAAUAAAUUGCACUUUGACAUGAUUCUGAUGAGUCCUCCGUGUCAACCUUUUACCAGGCUUGGACACCAACGUGGUAUUGCUGACCCCAGAACCAAGAGCUUCCUCUACGUUCUUAACCUCCUGCCAAGGCUCAGUCAUCUUCCUCGCUUUAUCCUGCUCGAGAAUGUCAAAGGCUUUGAGAGCUCCUCUGCCAGGCAAUGUUUAAUUGAAACGCUUCAGAAAUGUGGCUACACUUUUCAGGAGGUCAUGGUCUCACCUACAAGUGUUGGGAUCCCAAAUUCGAGGCUGCGUUAUUUCUUGAUGGCCAAGAUUUCAAAAGAAACAAUGUUUUUAGAGUCAAAGGAGUCCCAAACAGAGUCCUCUGAGGCGCCGCUCCUUCCAAGCCCUCUACAGGCAGUUAGUUCCCUGACAAAAGAGGAGGAAAAGGAAGGUCAUCAUGUCCUUUAUAAACUUGAGACCGCAAAUGAUGCUCUAAGAAAGAUAAAUCAGAAUAGUGAUUUGUCAGUGAGGCAGAUCGAAGAGUUCCUUGAACCACAGGAGAUUGUUGACAUGGAUCAAUAUCUUGUUCCUUCUAAAAUACUGCUGCGUUAUGCUCAAAUCCUGGAUAUUGUCCAACCCACCUGUCGGAGAUCUAUUUGCUUCACCAAAGGCUAUGGCCGAUAUGUGGAAGGAACUGGCUCAGUACUGCAAAGUUGCCUGGAAACAGAGAUUGCGACCGUGUUUAAAAGUCUGGAACAAUUGUCUAAUGAAGAAAAACUCAAACAACUGCUGAGACUGAAACUUCGUUAUUUUACCCCCAGAGAAGUAGCCAACAUAAUGGGUUUCCCUAAAAGCUUUUCCUUUCCAGAGGAGAUCCCUAUCAAGCAGCGUUACAAAGUCCUCGGAAACAGCCUCAAUGUUGUGGUGGUGUCUACACUGUUACGCCAGCUGAUCUCCAACUGACACAAAAAAAGGAGCGACUGCAGAUUUUCCAAUUGCUCCUGUCUAAAGGUUCUUAAGGGUUUUUUUUUUUUUUACUGUGACUUAGUUUUCCUGUUAAAUAUAUAAGGAAAUACUGCAUAUGUACAUUUAAAAAUAGCCCUUAAUUUUAUAUGGUCUUUCUAAGGGAAAAUAUUUUUCGACCACUCCCAACUUAUUGAAUAAAAGGAAACAAAAGUUGAUGACUAA